GAGGAACCGUGGAUCUGAUAUUUAAUCGUUUCAAAUAGCUGUCUCGAUUGCCGUGAUUCUGCUCUUGCUUUCCACCUCCCGUCUUUCUACGCGUAAUCAGAACGAAUUUACGACAUCAUAAUUCCGACGCAUAAACCAUGGUUGGUAGACUUCAAGGCAAAGUGGCCAUCGUCACCGGAGGCGCUGGUGGUUUUGGCAAGGGCAUCGCAGCCAAGUUCGUGGAGGAGGGCGCGUCAGUCGUGAUCGCGGACUUUGUCGAAGAAGCGGGACAGGCUACCGCAAGUGAAUUGAAGUGCGAGUUCCAGCGUGCCGAUGUCACCAAGGUGCAAGAUUGGGAAAACAUCAAGCAAUUCUGCGAUCAAAAGUUCGGCCGCAUCGAUGUGGUUGUGAACAAUGCUGGAACCACAUACCGGAACAAGGACACCAAUGAGGUGACCGAAGAGGAAUAUGACAAGGUCUUUAACGUCAACGUCAAGUCCAUCUACUUCGCCACGCACGUCAUCGUUCCCUAUCAGCAAGAGAAGAAGUCUGGUGGAGUCUGGAUCAACAUCGCCUCGACAGCGGGCAGCCGACCACGGCCAGGCUUGACAUGGUACAGCGCGUCCAAAGCGGCCGUAAUAAUUGCGACGAAGAGUUUGGCAGUAGAUUACGCCUCGGACAACAUUCGCUUCAUGUCCGUCAGCCCUGCGGUUGGCCUGGGAACAGCUUUGAGCGCGAACUUCCUCGGGAAGCCGGAGAACGAGACAUCUUUCAUGGCGACCAUUCCACUCGGUCGCGGCACGACGGCGAGUGAUGUUGGAAACACAUGCGCUUAUCUCGCCAGCGAAGAGGCAAAAUUCUUAACGGGUGUCGACGUUCCUGUCGACGGGGGACGAUGCGUGUAGAACAUGCAGUUAUUGGCAAUGAAUGACAAAAGAUCUGAUUACUGCG